AUGGACUCAGUUGAGCAGGAGCCGGAAGCGGCUUAUAGCGGAGAGUUGGCGGCUGAGAGUUACCUGGACUUUGAAACAGAACUGCCCCUUGACUUUGACCCGACUUUCUAUGAGAGUAACUAUCAACAGCUUCUCAGGGAUCGUGAUGAGCUCCGUUUUCGAUACGAGCGUGAAAAGAAAGACAGAGAAUCUCUUGAGAUCAAGUUACAUCAAGAAUUUGACCAAAAGAUACAUUUUGAAGAAAACUUGUCGGAAGUUUCUAGAAACCUGGCGAGUUACGAGGAGGAGCUUCGGUCACUGCGCCUUGAAAAUAGCCACCUGAAAGCGCAGUUUAGCCAACUCAGGACGGCCAUCCAGACAAGAGUGAAUUUGGGGACCGCAGCAGCGACGCAAGGUGGAUCAGAAGGGGCAUCUUUGAGUACUAGCGGUGGCGUCUUUCUGUCCAGUUCCUCUGGUGAAGGUUCCUUCUCGGGGAGCACUGAGAUGUACAAGCAAGAAGUGGCCUUACUGGCCCACGAAAACGAGCUUUUUAAGCAAAUCAUCGAUGUAAUAGACAAACAGGACUACAGCAAAGCUAUACUUGAGGACAGAGUUUCUGAAAAUAACAACCAGAAGCUUAGGUUGUUUGAGGAGGAAGUAAUAAGGCUAGAAAGGGAAAAGUCGCUACUGGAAGAUCGUGUGAGGGAACUGGAAAGAUUCACUCAGGAACAGGAGCGUCGUCUAGAGGAAGCGAACAGCAAGGCCGAAAGUGAUCUAAGGGUUUGCAAGAGAGAGAGUAAGGUGUUAGAAAAUGAGCUUUACUCGAAGUCUGCUGUUCUGGAAGAUUACGAAUUUCAAAUGUCACAGAUGAAGCAGGCGUAUGAAGAAGAAAUUCAUCAGGUUGAGAUCAAGCUUGAAAUAGAGAUCAGCAACAAUAAACAACUUCAAGAACAAACUCAUCAAUUGGAGGAGAAUAUCCGAAAAAUCGAGGAAGAAAGAAAAGAAAUUCUCCUAAAAAUCGAAGAAGCGUAUAAAACGGAAAACGAUGUAAUUGAGGAAAGAACCACCCUUGAGGAAACGUACUCACGAGAUGUCAGUGAGUUGCGUAGAAAUAUUGAAGAGGAAAUCCAAAAGAAAGCUGAGUUGUCAAUGGAAAUAGAACGGCUAAUGGCAGAAUUAAUAGAAUCUGACAGACAAAGAAAGGAAAUGGAAGACAGAUUUUUUCGUGAAGCUCAAGAACUUAAACUUCAGUUUGAGAGGGAAAGAGAAGAAAUUAUCUCCUACGUAAAUGGAUCAGCAGUCAAUCAGUAUAUGAUUCCGUCAAACUUGAUGCAGCAAACGCACUCAUCAUCUCAACUUAUUUCCGGUGGACAGGGACAACUCUCAACACAAGAAGAUGGAAAACGGAAACUCGAAGAAGAAAUUCGGAAGAAAGAGAGGCUCGAGGAAGAAAACAAGAAACUCCUGUAUCAGAUUAACGAACUGCUUGAGCAAAACGUUUCUGAUGGAGGUUCCACAACUCGAGUAAAGGACAGCAUGACUGCAACGUCUCAGUCGACGGGUAGCAAGCAAAAUUUGAAAGAGCUGAUGUACGAAAUAAACGAACUGAGAGAAACCUGCCAAAUAUUGGAACGAGAAGCUAAGAAAAAGAAAGAAAUAGAAAAUAAAAACGUAGAACUGUCAGAGGAGAUCGAAGAGCUAACGUCCAAGAAAGAUGACAUGAUCCGUAAGCAGAGAGAAUUAGUAAAGGAGCUGGACAAUUCGUUGUCAUCCGUGCAGCAAGUGGAAGAUAAGAACAAACGACUGACAGAGGACGUAGAGAGUCUCUCAAGGAAAAUCAGGGAAAUGGAGGAAAAUUUCAGAAAUGAAAAGGAAGACUGGAUGAGAAAUUUCAGUAAGGACAAGACGUCUCAAAUUAACGACAUCUUGAGUGAAAAGGAAGCACUCGAGAAAAAGUACAACGAGCAGGUGAAAGUUAGCAGAAACAUGGAGGCCGAGAUCAAUUCCCUAGAGACGAGAAUUUAUGACUUGGAAAGGUUAAACGAACGUCUAGAGAGGAAGAAGAGUGAAAUAACGGCUCAGCUAACAGAGGAAAUCAAUUUUGAGAGGAACAGAGCUAAAACUGUUAAAGAGGAGCUUGAGAAGAGCGUUGAGGUAUUUAAGAAGCAGACGGAGCAACUGGAAAGCACUUUGUACGACAGGAAGAAGAAGUAUGACGAGGAGAUUAGGACCUUGGAAGAAGAGAAACAGCGAGUCCGAAACGAGUUUGACAACGAAAAGGAGAUAUACAGGCGGCGUUUUGAGGAGGAGAGAAAAACAAUGGAACGACGAAUAAAUGAAAUAGAGGAGAGAUUGAGGAAACAAAACACGUCCAGUAGCGAAUUUGUAUCAAAUCAGAUUGCUUUGACUUCUGACGAGUUUCCUGCGAGUAACACUAUUAAUCAACCAGGAGUAAGUACGGCUUCUCAGAAAACAAUAAUCGAGCUAAAGAGUAAGAUAGAUACUCUUAUAUCUGAGAAAAAAGAAUUGCAAGAGAAUCUUUAUGAUGCAGAGAGAAAGUACAGCCGAAAAUUUGAUGAUAUGGAGUACGAUAGUGAUCAGAAGAUUAAGAAAUUGAGAAGUGAGAUUGAGGAAGAGUAUAGACGAAAAAUAGAUGACUACGAAAGACAAAUCGACAACCUGAGGAAGACCGACUCGUGUCAAAGGGAUUCAAAAGAUAUAUAUCAAGAUGGAGUUGGAAGUAUGGCUGAACUGGUGAGAGAUCACAAAGAGCAGAUGGACGAGUUGAGAAGACAAAUCAAGCUUCAAUUGGAAGCGUUUGAAAGUGAGAAACAAACCCUUAAGAAGGAGCUGCAAAACACUACACGAAUAAAGGAUGGUGAGCACAGAUGUCUUCAAAACACCGUGCAAAAAUUGACUGAGGAAGUGAAGAAGCUGAGGCACGAAAAAGAGACCCUACUGAGCAAAAUUAGAAAGGGGAAAGGAAACAACAACAGCCGAAUCAAAGAACUGUCAGAGGCCGUGACGAAAGUUCGUGAAGAGUGCGAUAUAAGACUUCAAAAAGAGAGAGAAGGUACCCAGAAGUCCAUGAACGAGCUUAGAAGGAAGCUCUCUGUUUCUGAAAGCAAUAGACGAAGCCUCGAGGAAAAGCAUCGGAGAGACCUUCAUCAACUGGAGAUUAAAUUCGAAUAUAAGAAAUCAGAGUUGGAACAAGAUACGACGAGCAUAGAGAGUCAGUUAAGGGAAAGUCUCCAGCUGGAAUAUCGAGUUGCUCUCAACAAAGAAAGGGAGAAAUACGAGGAGACUUUGCGCGUAUUGAGAAAAGAGAUUACGUCUCUGCAGGAGCAGCGAAAGCAAAUUCAGCUUAAGCUUUCUGAUCAGGGAAUACAAAGCACCUAUAGCCUACUCCUCAACAAAGACUUUUCUGCGAAUAAGGAGUCUUUUCUCAAAACUGAGCUGGACAUGGAAAUGAGAGCCUCACGUGGAAAGAUGGAAGUCACAAUACAUGAUCUCGAGCGAGAGAUAGAAUUCUUGCGAAAAGAGAAAUAUGAUAUAAAAGCGAAUUACAAGCAAGAAAGAGCCCAAAUGCAAGAGGAGUUUGAUAGAGAAAGGGAUCGUCUGGAGGAGAAAUACAAAAGACAAAUUGAAGAUCUUAAAAGAAAACUACAGGCAACUGCUGCUCAGAUGAAAUCAACGACGCUAAUGGACUCAAAAUUGGUGAGUUAA